AUGAACAAAUCAGAUAGAAGAUUUUGCAAGGGCCAGUGUGAAUUCCCCUCAGUAAUUAGCCUACGCCGACAACAAUGGCUUCACGAAAUCUGGCAACCGGAUUUCCGAUGGAUGGCUGCGAAAUAUCAGCAGCUAAUAACGAUGCUGGACGUCAGUAGUUGCACUCUGGGAUUAGUCUGUAUUGGUCGAUGUUUCCUCGUCCUGAGGACCGCUGCAUUUUCUGUCACCGUCCAGCAGAAUCCGAACGUAGACUGUGCACCGCAAUGGAAACAGUUUGCCGAAUUCACCCCAAGCACU